AUGUCCGCCAUACCAAUCCUCUUUGCCGCGCUGUCCCUGUAUGGCGUAUGGCGAGUUGUGCGCAACUACUUCGUCCCGUCUGUCCUGGACAACAUUCCGGGACCUAAGUCGUCGUCGUUGAUCUCAGGGAACGCCGCGCAGUUGUUCGAUCGCGACAAUGCGGCGUUCUUGAAGAUGCUGAAGGACACUUACGGGCCCAUCUCCAAAUUCCACUCCUUCCUCGGUGCCAGAUGGUUGCACGUGUACGACGUCAAGGCGAUGCACACUAUACUCGUGAAGGACCACGAGCUCUACAGCCGCGGGGAAACCACCAACGCCUCCACCCAUCUCAUCCUGGGCCCGGGGCUGCUCGCAACGGAGGGGCUGCGCCACAAACGGCAGCGGAAGAUGCUGAACCCCGUGUUCUCCGCCGCGCACAUGCGGAACAUGACGCCGUUCUUCCACGAGGUCGUCUGCAAGGUGAGCGCGUCGCUGAACACGCGGGAGAGCGAGCGCACAGCUGACGACGGUGCGGAGCUGCGAGAGGCCAUCGACGGGCGCAUCGCGGCGGGCGCGAAGGAGAUCGAAAUCGCGGGAUGGAUGAGCCGCACGGCGCUCGAACUCGUCGGACAGGGCGGGCUUGGGCACUCAUUCGACCCGCUGACGGAGGAGAGCAGCGACAAGUACACCGAGGCGGUCAAGGCACUGGUACCGACUUUCAACACACUGGGACUCGCUCAGAUUGUUCUGCCUUACGUCAAGUACAUGGGCCCUGCAUGGCUACGCCGCAAGAUGCUCGAUCUCGUCCCGCUCCCGAAUGUUCAGCGCCUGAAGGCCAUUACCGACCUGAUACACGAGCAGUCGGUUGAGAUCUUCAACGAGCGGAAGAAGGCCGCGCUGCGCGGGGAGGAGUCCAUGUUGAACCAGGUCGCGGGAGGCAAGGACGUAAUGAGCGUCUUACUCAAGGCUAAUUUGGCAGCAGACGUCGAAGACAGGCUGCCGGAUGAAGAACUCGUCGCACAGAUGUCUACAUUCAUUCUCGCGGGUGUAGACACCACGUCGAACGCUCUGGCCCGUAUUCUUCACUUGCUAGCACUGAACCCCGAUGUCCAGGACAAGCUGCGUGCUGAGCUAGUCGAAGCUCAGGCGCAGUACGGCGAGAGGAUGCCCUACGACGAGUUGUCUCAGCUCCCUUACAUGGACGCCGUAUGUCGCGAGACGAUGCGCAUACACACUCCGGUUUCCUUCGUCCUGCGGGAGGCCCGAGAGGACACGAAAAUUCCUGUCACGGAACCGAUCCGCGGCGUGGACGGUAACAUGAUCACGGAGAUCGCGGUGCCGAAGGGCACGUCCAUUUUCCUGAACACGCACGCUUGCAACGGCAACAAAGCGCUGUGGGGUGAGGACGCUGAGGAGUGGAAGCCGGAACGCUGGCUCUCGCCGCUUCCGCGCGAGCUCGAGGAGGCCCGCAUUCCUGGGAUCUACGCCAACUUGAUGACCUUCGGGGCUGGCAGCUUCUCUUGCAUCGGAUUCAAGUUCUCGCAGCUGGAGAUGAAGGUCGUCCUCUCCACCUUGGUGCGGUCCUUCAAGUUUGACCUUCCCGAGAAGCCAAUCACCUGGAACUUUAGCGGAGUCAACUUCCCAACGAUGGACGGCCCGGACAAGUCAAAGCCAGAGUUGUUCCUGAAGAUCCAGCGUGUCGAAGAAUGAGGAAGGCAGAAGUGGAAAUACUUCCAUGGCGAGUGUCUGUGACAUUGAGUUCAUCUCCACGGCCCGUUUUCGUUUCACAUCGUUUCGUGUUCCGCACUCUCGUCGUAGUCUUUCCCCUUAGCCUCCGGACACCUUUACUGCCAUACGUGAUUAUUAUGUACCACAGCUAAUCGUUCAUGACGUCUCAGACGGUCUCUCACACUCCUUAGUAUAGUCGUAAUACAAUGCCG